AUGAGCACACCGCGUACGCUAGCGCUGCCUUCGGGCAGCUUACCGCCUCUCUUUGCCCUCGCCAAACAAGCAGAGUCUGAUAUCUUCAACACUCUUCAUUACUUGGCCACCAUAUACUGCCCACUCUCGUUCCCUGUUUCUAUCGAACUGGAUGAAACGAAGCAUGUUGUUGCUGAACCGGUGGACUCGGGAUAUACAUCCGGAAACGAAGACGAUGAGCCUGCUCCAACACCAACCAGCAUCCGAGCAGAUCCUUAUGAGAAAUCCUUCGCAGAAAGGUGGUUGACAGGCUUUUUAUCCCGAGCCGAGGGCUUGGAGAUUUUUACUUCGGAGGAAAGUAGCCAGCGUGCUUUGGACCAGGCAGCAUAUAUCUUCGAAUCACUCUUCGCAAGCGCCUUGGACGAAGAUGAUCAGAACUCACCAUUCUUGCGACAGUUUUCUUUCGACACAAAUGCUAGUCAAGGAGACAAGAAGAACAUUUCAGUGCAGUUGAACGACGGACUCGCGGGAACAAAUGACUCGGACUUUGAAGAUGUGGGCCUUCAGAGUUGGGGUGCUUCCAUCGUCUUUUCCGACAUGUUGUGCGCGACUCCAGAACGAUUUGGUCUCACAGAUCUUUCUCUUACAAAACAUAAUCGGAUUAUCGAGCUUGGUGCGGGCACUGGGCUUGUGAGUCUCGUUCUCGGAAAGUUGAUUCCAACGUUGGGUGUAACGGAUUCCAAGAUCAUCGCUACCGACUAUCAUCCAUCUGUUCUUGAAAAUCUGCAGUCUAACAUAGAUAUCAACCACUUUGACGAUUCGUCAGUUGUUGAAACCAGCUGUCUUGACUGGGCAGACUUUUCACUCGAUGCUCCUUUCGAUGUGCCUGCUGGUAUGCUUUUCGCAACAGAUGUGGUGUACGCUCCCGAGCACGCCCGCUGGCUACGCGACUGUGCUACACAACUUCUUUCUGAGAGGGGAGUUUUCUGGCUGCUGGUUACUAUAAGACCCAAUGGCAAAUUUGCAGGUAUUGGAGAUACCGUUGAGGCUGCUUUUACAGCAGACGAAAGACCUUGUGGGAAGAGCGGUAAGAGACUUGAUAUUCUCGAGAGGCAGAAAUUGGAUAAACGAAGUGGUGUUGGAAGAGGAGACGAGAGUCAUUAUGAGCUUUUUAGAAUUGGCUGGGCUUAG